AUGGACAAGGCCACGAAGCAGGACGUCGUCACCGACAUCUUCUGCGCCUGGGGCCACCGAGCCGAAAAGGAGUCCCCGCUCGAGGUCGAGGAGAUCGCGGAGGCCUUCGACCGGCUUGUGGCGGAGGCGGAGGCCACCGCCACGGCGGCCGCGGCGCGGGCGGCGGCGCCGCCGCCGCCCAUGCACCACCCGAUGAUGGCACACGCGGCGGCGGCACGCCCUGGGAUGCUGCCGGCUCAGCUGCAGCAGCAGCACGCCCAGUACGCGCAGCUCUACGCGCAGCAGCAGCAGCACUACGCCUACUGGUACCAG